GAAAACGGAAACUGAGAGAAUAAUUGUGUAAGAACUAGGGUUUUUCAAGUCCUCAUAAUAACAGCACUUGCCUUCACAUAUCGAAUUUACAACUCAGUCACAGUCAUGACGUCCGGGGAAUUUGAGAUAGGUGCCGUGCCUUUUAACGCCGACGGUUGGGGACCGCUAGAAUCCAGCACCACCGCCACCUCAACUCUCCCUCUUCACGUGCCGUUCGCUCCUUUCUCUCGCUCUGAGAAACUAGGUCGGAUCGCAGAUUGGACUCGAAACGUCUUCGUUAAUCAAUCUAACCGGCCAAAUACAGGCAACAAGAACCCGGCUGACACUGUUUUCGAUUUUUCUGCUGACGACUCGUUUCCCCUGUCUGCAAAUCUUGAUGAGGAUUCCUCCUUCCGUCUCGUAGAUGGAAAGCCCCCGCCCCGGCCCAAGUUCGGCCCGAAGUGGCGGUUCAACCAGCACAACCGACCUCAGCUCCCGCAACGCCGAGAUGAGGAAGUCGAGGCUCGUAAACGCGAGGCAGAGAAGGAGCGGGCCCGCCGAGAUAGGCACUACAAUCACAAUCGCUCGAAUAUUAACCAGCCGCGUCGCGAAGCCGCAAUUUUCAAGUCGUCGGUUGAUAUUCAGCCCGAGUGGAACAUGCUUGAUCAAAUUCCGUUUUCGACUUUCUCCAAAUUGUCGUUUAGUGUGCCGGAGCCUGAAGAUUUGUUGCUUUGUGGAUCUCUGGAGUACUACGACAGGUCGUAUGAUCGGGUGACGCCAAAGAAUGAGCGCAGACUCGAAAGAUUCAAGUAUAGGAAUUUCUUCAAGGUGACUACAACUGAUGAUCCAGUGAUUAGGAGACUGGCGAAUGAAGAUAAAGCUACUGUUUUUGCCACUGAUGCGAUUUUGGCCACGCUUAUGUGCGCAGCGAGGUCAGUUUAUUCGUGGGAUAUUGUAGUUCAACGAGUUGGCAAUAAAUUAUUUUUUGAUAAAAGAGAUGGGUCACAGUUAGAUUUAUUAUCUGUGCAUGAGACUUCUCAAGAACCGUUACCUGAAGCUAAAGAUGAUAUUAACUCGGCCCAUUCUUUGGGUGUUGAGGCUGCUUAUAUAAAUCAGAACUUCUCGCAGCAAGUUUUGGUGAGAGAUGGGAAUAAGUUGACCUUUGAUGAGCCGAAUCCAUUUGCUAAUGAAGGAGAGGAGGUGGCUUCAGUGGCUUAUCGGUAUAGGAGGUGGAAGCUUGAUGAUGAUAUGUAUAUUGUUGCAAGGUGUGAGGUACAGAGUGUUGUGGAUGUUAACAAUCAGAGGUCAUUUUUGACAUUGAAUGCACUUAAUGAGUUUGAUUCGAAAUACUCUGGUGUUGAUUGGAGGCAGAAGUUAGAGACUCAGAGGGGUGCUGUUUUAGCCACUGAGUUGAAGAACAAUGCAAAUAAGCUGGCAAAGUGGACAGCACAAGCGUUGUUGGCAAGUGCUGAUUUGAUGAAAUUGGGAUAUGUUUCAAGGGUUCACCCACGUGAUCAUUUUAACCAUGUGAUAUUGGCUGUUAUGGGGUAUAAGCCCCGGGAUUUUGCAACCCAGAUUAAUUUGAGUACCACAAAUAUGUGGGGCAUUGUGAAGAGUAUUGUGGAUUUGUGCAUGAAGUUGAACGAGGGAAAGUAUGUGCUCAUUAAGGAUCCGUCUAAGCCACAAGUGAGGAUCUAUGACGUUCCACCAGAUGCAUUUGAGAAUGAUUAUGUGGAAGAACCCUUGCCUGAGGAGGAGCAGGUGCAGCCACCUGUGGAGAAUGUCGAGGGAGUUGAAGCAACUAACGAUUUGGAGGAUAAAGUGAUUGACUCCCAAGCUUAGCAGGUUGUGACACGUCCAGGCUUCUAAGCUCCAAGCAUGGCUUGCUUCCAUUUUGAUGUUCUUAGUUUGCAGAUGGAUUUGGGUAGUUGAGCAGGAUAUUUUGUUCAAGAGUAUAUUAUCUUUUUGGCAUUGUAAUGCUAGAAUAUAUGAAUGAGGGAUAAAUGAACCUGUUAGUUGUACUUGCUGUCUUGGGGUUUCUGUUGAAGUGCAUAGCUGAGCUAGCCACCAAUACAUGGAUUUUUCUCAACAGAUAAAUUUCAUUGGGCGUGGAACUUUAAUGUGUCCAAAUCGGUUUGGUUUUGGGUAGAAUGAAAUAACUCUGAAUGUUAAUUCUACAAUUUAUGAACCAUUUCAGUCCAGUCAAACUUAACUGAAUGGAAAUUCGACGA